CAAAAUUAUUUAGCCCCAAUUUGUACUAUUUUUGGGCAUUUCCCCAUAAGAUACGACUCAUACAAGCAGCCUCAAUAUUAGCUUCAAAAGCAAAGCACCUGACGCCUCCGUCUCCCGCCAAUUUGGCAUACUUGAAAACGCGAAACUUGAAAUUGAUGGUUUGAAAUCUGUCGAGGUUAAACAUUGGGAUUGUUUCGUCUCUAGAUUAAUCUCCGAUUAUGGAAGUUGCUAAUUCACCUGCUUCUUCUAACUUCUUUGCACAUAUCCUGCAAACAAGCGUUAGAAUCAGAGACCCAUUGGCUGGAAGGUCCGUCCACUCUCAAAUAAUUAAGAAAGGCCUUCAUCUUGGUGUGUAUUUGAUGAAUAAUCUUAUGACUUUCUAUGCCAAAACUGGGUCACUCAGCUUUGCCCACCAAGUGUUCGAUGAAAUGCCCCUUAAGUCAACUUUCUCAUGGAACACUUUGAUCUCUGCGUAUGCCAAACAGGGCAAUUUUGAUGCGUCGCGUCGCCUUCUGUAUGAAAUGCCUGAUUUCGAUCCUGUUUCUUGGACUGCAAUCAUCGUGGGUUACAAUCAAUUGGGUUUAUUUGAUAAUGCGAUUUGGAUGUUUGCGAAGAUGAUAUCUGAGAGAGUCCCGCCUUCUCAAUUCACGGUCAGUAAUGUUCUUUCUUCCUGCGCGGCAAAUCAAGCUUUGGACGUUGGUAAGAAGAUUCAUUCAUUUGUUGUUAAACUCGGACUCGGUAGCCAUGCUUCUGUUGCGACUUCCGUACUGAAUAUGUACGCAAAAUGCGGAGAUCCGGUCAUAGCGAAAGUUGUUUUUGAUAGGAUGACGCUGAAAAACAUUUCAACUUGGAAUGCUUUGAUUUCAUUGUACAUGCAAUCUGGGCAGAUUGAGCUUGCUGCUUCACAAUUUGAGAAAAUGCCUGACCGAGAUAUAGUUUCUUGGAAUUCGAUGAUUUCAGGGUAUAGUCAGAUAGGGUAUGAUCUUAAAGCACUGGAUAUAUUCUCCAAGAUGUUGAAUGAAUCUUCUUUAAAGCCAGAUAAGUUCACCUUGGCAAGCGUUUUAUCAUCUUGUGCCAAUCUUGAGAAGUUGAAUAUUGGGAAACAGAUACAUGCUUAUAUUCUAAGAACAGAAACUGAAACUUCUGGAGCAGUUGGCAAUGCUUUAAUAUCAAUGUAUGCAAAGUCAGGUGGGGUAGAAAUGGCUAGAAUGAUUAUUGAGCAUAACAGAACUUCAAAUUUAAACAUUAUAGCGUUCACUUCCCUACUGGAUGGAUAUACCAAGCUUGGAGAUGUUAAACCAGCCAGAGAGAUAUUUAACAAAUUAAAAGAUCAUGAUGUGAUAGCAUGGACAGCCAUGAUUGUUGGUUAUGUGCAAAACGGUUUAUGGAACGAUGCACUAGAGCUGUUUCGGUUGAUGGUUAACGAAGGCCCUAAGCCAAAUAGUUAUACCCUGGCGGCCAUGCUUAGUGUAAGUUCAAGUUUGGCUACUUUGGAGCAUGGAAAACAAAUCCAUGCGAGUGCCAUAAAAGCUGGAGAAUCUUCAACAGCUUCUGUUACUAAUGCCUUGAUAGCCAUGUAUGCUAAAUCAGGAAGCAUCGAUAUAGCCAAAAGAACUUUUGAUCUUACAAGUGCCAAGAAGGAAACUGUGUCCUGGACAUCAAUGAUCAUGGCUCUAGCGCAGCAUGGCCUUGGAGAAGAAGCCAUCAACCUGUUUGAGAGGAUGCUCUCGGUUGGUAUAAAACCUGACCAUAUCACUUAUGUAGGAGUGCUCUCUGCUUGUACACACGUGGGAUUAGUAGAACAAGGUCGAAAUUACUAUAAUAUGAUGACUGAAGUCCAUGAAAUUGAACCCACCCUAAGCCAUUAUGCUUGUAUGGUCGACCUUUAUGGACGGGCUGGAUUGCUUCAAGAAGCAUACCAGUUCAUAGAAAGCAUGCCUAUAGAACCAGAUAAUAUAGCUUGGGGAUCGCUACUAGCAUCUUGUAAAGUUCAUAAAAAUGCGGAUCUGGCAAAAGUUGCAGCGGAAAGACUGCUUCUUAUUGAUCCAGGAAACAGCGGGGCCUACUCGGCCCUUGCUAAUGUGUAUUCGGCAUGCGGGAAAUGGGAAAAUGCUGCCAAAACUAGAAAGCUAAUGAAGAAUAGAGGAGUGAGGAAAGAGAAAGGACUUAGCUGGAUUCAUAUUAAGAAUAAAGUUCACGCAUUUGGAGUUGAAGACGUUAUACAUCCACAGAAAGAUGAAAUCUACAAGUUGAUGGCUAAAAUGUGGGAGGAGAUCAAAAAGAUGGGUUUCAUCCCAGACACUGAAUCAGUACUUCAUGACCUUGAAGAAGAGGUGAAGGAGCAGAUUCUUAAACAUCACAGUGAAAAACUUGCUGUAGCAUUUGGGCUUUUAAGUACUCCAGAGAACACUGUACUGAGGAUUAUGAAAAACCUUAGAGUUUGUAAUGACUGCCAUUCUGCUAUAAAGUUCAUCUCCAAGCUUGUAGGAAGGGAAAUCAUUGUGAGAGAUGCAACUCGGUUUCACCAUUUUAAGGAUGGCUCCUGUUCUUGCCGAGACUAUUGGUAGGUGUAGGUAGAGAUUUCAUCCACAAAAGAAUGCUACUUGAUAUGAGAAGGAAAAAAAAAAAACACACUCCAAGACCAAGCAUGACAAAAGCAGGGCGCAAAACUUCCUAACACCAAUUUGAGGAGAGUGCAAACCUACAAUGAGCCUAUUUGUGACAUGAAUCUUAGAGAGACUAACUGGAAGAUGCAAGGCUUGUGGCAAAUUUGCUGGGAGCAAUUAGAUGAACAAGUGUUAAAGGUGCAUGAUUCAAGGCAUAUCUCUAUGCUUUCAAGUAUGUAGGUACUUGUUCAGCAGGUCAUCUUUUUGUAUCCUUGACCAAUACACUACUUGUUCAGCCGGUUCAGCAGUACACUGCUUGUAAAAUAACUUGGCCAAACAAGGUAGUAAUUUAGAUUUCUGAUUCUUUUUGUUGCGCUCUAAUUUCUACAGGAAGUUUUGUUGCCGUCUCAAUUAUGAUACUUUUUUUUCCUUAAAAAAUUUAUGAUGUUUUUUUUUCACUAGUUUAUCUAAAUUGAAUGUUUAUUAUUGCUGCAGAUCGCUUUUCGCCAUACUGAUUGUGCUCAAAUUUAUUGUUGAUUAUUAAUGUCUUGCAGUGGAUGAGGAUUACUAGUUGAAGCAAUCAUUAAUAUCUCCAUGUGCAGGUUUUCUUGUUGUCUACUUUUGAAGCUUUUGCUCAUUGUAUACUGAGAAUGGCUUGUGCCUAUUUGGUUUUUAUGGUUGCAGUUCUUUGUGAUAUUUGUUCAAUGGAAGCUUUUUUGUUUGUUUGUUUGUUUAAUGGGUGUCGAUCAAAAGAUCAAAAGGUUGAAAUCAAUCUCUAAAAGAAGUUGGGAGAUCGAAAAGAAUCUAAGGAAUUAUGAGCGGGACAAAGAACGCUUGCAGAAUUUUUUUUUAAUUACUUGCAAAAAUCAACAUGGAAGAAAAUUACAUUUAACGGAGUAGUUUUAGAUUAAAAUCGGCUUUCUUGACUUGCUCUAUUUCAUCUUUUCUUCCCUUGUUGACUUCCUUUAUUUGCCUUUUUUUUUAGUUCAUAUUUAAUCAUCAAGGAGUUGAGAUGAAUUUGAUGGUAAAUAUAGUUUUGUGUUUUGUGUUUUGUUUUUUUUUUUUUUUUUUCCCCUCUCAGUUGUCAAGGAUAAAGACUAGUCAAACUGUUGGAUGCGAAGACUAAAGAAAUUAGAGGGGUUACUUUGCCCUUUUGUUUACUAUAAUGUAAUUUGACAAUCAUAAUGAUCCAACUAAAAAAAUAUGAUUUAUUCCGUUCUAGGAAUAAGGUAAUGAUCCUCCGGUAUGGAGUUUUGUUUUGUUGUUACGACAGGUUGAGAGCAGUGCCCGUUCCUUUGUGUUUGAGGAAGUUGGUGCGACGAAAUAGGUGCGGGUGAGGCAUUCGACUUCCAGUGGCUUUGAUACCGGACAGAAGAAAAAGACAGAAUAAUAACAUUGAAAUAGCUUACGGGGUAUUUUUCCUAAUUUAUUCUUAUUCCUCAAUUUAAACUAACGAUGGGAAAAGGCUAGAUAGCUGCCUUGGGAUUUGCUCGCCAGUGAUCAUGAAACCAGUGGUUUGAAUCCCUCUACUCAUAUUGUUCUAAAAAAAACUUGAUGUAAAUGCACCUAAAUACAUUACGGGAGCGUUUGACCCCUCCAGUUGAGUUGGGUUUGGUGGAUAAAAAAAACCCACCUACUGUUUGGUUCAUCAAUUAUUAAAAAAGUUUAUUAUCUCGUUAUUCGUGUUAA